GCACCCUGCACCUCGCCCCGGGGUCCGCGGCCUCUGUUCUGCGAGGACACGCGAGCAGGAGGGGCUGAGGGGCCUUACCUGCUUGGGCCGAGGCUUGGGCCCAUCCGUGGCCGGCCCUCCUUGGCUGGUUGUGUCGUCGCGUUGGCCUUCUGCCUCAAGCUGCCCCCCCCCCCUCUCCUACUCCCAACUGCGCCGCGUCAGAGGAUAGAAACGCCAAGCGAGCGACGGAAGCAAUGCUCUGUCCUACGCAGCGGGCCGCGUUUUCAUUUUCUAAUAAGUCAAAAUGGCGCUAACAGCGCUCAUUGGCCAGCGCCGGUCGAGGGGGCAACGCAUGUACGUCGACGGGUCUUCUACUGCAAUACUUAUUGCCACCGCAAGGAGCCUUUUGUUACCCGAACAAGCCAGGUUGGUUGGGUCGAUUGGGGUCGACGCGGCGUGUCUCAGAUUCCACAGACAGGACUGCGAGCCGCCUGGUGGGUAGGCACUCCAAUCGUCCAUGCGUGUCAAGCGGGCCGGCCUAUCCCAGGCCUUGCAGGCGCUCAGCCAGUCGCCAAAUAAUACGACAUUUCUGAUCUGCUCACGGAAGCUGCUUUCUAUUUCGCGCAAGGUGUUCUGCUCACAAUCGCCCUCCACAUGGCACAAAUAAGUGGUCUCGUGUUUCAGAGGCGGGAGCGGGGAAAAUGUUCAGCUUAGAAAAUAAUUCUUGUCUUUCUUCGCAGGGCCCCCGAUCACAUCCAGGCCAACGUCACUGCCGACAGGCUGAGGCGCGCGGUGUACGAGCGGCGUCGGGGAUCCCGCCCGCACUUGCCCCACUCCCUGGAGGAGGUGCAGAGGGUGCUGAGGAGCCCCCAGCACGACCACCUGGCGAGGUCUCGGCCCCGCGCUGAACAAGGCCAGCCCGCUCCGCCCGGCGAGGAGCUUUUGUUCCAGGGUCUGGUUGGCCAGGUCGGCUUCCAAAGCCUGCUGUGGGUGUUUACCAAUGUGGUGGCCUGGCUGAACCUCACUUUCUUCUUUUUUUCUGAUGGCACCUUUGACAUCGUGCCCAUGGCCCCCCCGGGCCUUAGCCAGCUCUUUGUCGUGGUCACCAUGUAUAUGGACAAUGUGAUUCCCGUGGCAUAUGCACUUAUGGAGAACCGAUUGGAGGCCACGUACAUGAACGUGCUGGCGAAGCUGCACGAGUUGGGGCUGAGGGUCAGGAACGUCACCACUGACUUCGAGAUCGGCCAGUCCAACGCGUGGCGGCGAGUGUUCGGGGCGACGGCGAGUGGCUGCCUCGUCCACCACACGCGGAGCUCGUGGGGAUCCGUGGGCCGCCUCGGCCUCCUGGGCGCCGUCAGAGGCAACAGGUUCGCAGAGAAGUGCGUGCAGCUUCUUGUCACUGUGCCCCGCCUCCCCGCCGAUAGGAUCGGCGAGGGCUUCAACUGUGUCAAGGAGUUCGCCCGGGAGAAAGAAGUUUACGCAGCCAUGUACGGCUUCUUUGCGUACUUCUACACGCAGUGGCUGGUGCGCGUCGGCCCGCGCUUACUGUCUUGCUGGCGUAGGUACCACACCAGGCACGUAAUAAGGGUGGGCGGACAGGGGGGGCGGUGUAUCGAAAGUUGCCUACAUACAGGGGUUUUGUAGCGCAAAUUGCCUACUUUCAGGCGGCUAUCUAGAGGACGACAGGGGGGGCGAUC